AUGGAGAUUGCCGACGAGAAGCAAAGGCUAGCAAUGCAAAGUGGCCAGCCACAGGAGACUCAACCGCAUCUUCCAACGCAACCUGUUGUGGACGGCGAGGAUGGUGCUGCGGCUCUAGUCACUGAUGGCUUCUUAAUACCAAACCUCGACGGGCCCAACGACGCAGAGCCUCCCGCGUACGGCGAACAGCAUGACCACGUCCGGUUUUCACAGCCAGGCUUUGAUGCUGGUGCCCAAGUUACAGACGAUGGUAGAAUUAAUAUCCACCUUCACACCAAGAACCGAAGGCUUGCCGAUUUGCUUGUCCCGACAAUCGCGAGCCAAAUUUCAGUAGAGCCUCGAGCCGAACCUACUCUGCCGCCACCAUAUAUCCCGCCUGGUCUCGGUGCCGAGCCAGGCCAGCCGCCUCCACCCAGCCUCAAUAUAGUCAUUCAGAUCGUUGGUUCUCGAGGUGAUGUCCAGCCUUUUGUGGCUCUGGGCAAGGUUCUCAAGGAGUCAUACGGACAUAGAAUCCGGAUAGCGACUCAUGCAAUCUUCAAGUCCUUCAUCGAGGAUAAUGACUUGGAAUUCUUCAACAUUGGAGGCGAUCCUGCUGAGCUUAUGGCUUUCAUGGUCAAACACCCUGGAUUGAUGCCCGGAAUCGACGCUCUCAAGAGUGGAGAAGUCAGCAAACGACGUCGAGGGAUCGAAGAAAUGCUUCUUGGGUGUUGGCGAUCUUGUAUCGAGGCAGGCGAUGGUUUCGGGCCUCCCCCAAAGCCCCAUAAGAUCAAUGAGCCGUUGGACCUGGUUGCUGGAAUGCCGGGAUACGAGCAUGAUCAACCAUUCGUGGCAAAUGCUAUAAUUGCCAACCCCCCGAGUUUUGCUCACAUCCACGUCGCUGAGAAGCUUGGCAUCCCGGUUCAUAUGAUGUUUACCAUGCCAUGGUCACCAACAAGGGCAUUCCCUCAUCCUCUAGCGAAUAUUCAGUCAUCCAAUGCUGACGACGUCAUGACUAAUUACAUGACCUACACCCUGGUAGAGAUGUUGACGUGGCAGGGCCUCGGGGAUGUCAUUAACCGUUUCCGCCAAAAAGCACUCGAUUUGCCAUCCCUUUCCUUCAUCUGGGCUCCUGGCCUGCUAAAUCGUCUCAAAAUUCCCUACACGUAUUGCUGGUCCCCAUCGUUAAUACCGAAGCCGAAUGAUUGGGGGAGGCACGUCGAUAUUUCCGGCUUUUACUUUCUAAAUCUGGCAUCUUCUCAUACACCGGAUCCAGAGCUGGCUGCAUUUCUCGAAGCUGGUCCACCCCCGGUCUAUAUUGGAUUUGGAUCCAUUGUCGUGGAUGAUCCCAAUGCCAUGACUCGAACGAUAUUUAGCGCAAUUCAUCUUGCCGGCGUUCGAGCAUUAGUAUCGAAGGGCUGGGGUGGCCUGGGCGCAGACGAUGUUGGUCUCCCUGAAGGUGUGUUCAUGCUGGGCAAUGUGCCACAUGACUGGCUAUUCGAGCAUGUUUCGGCUGUUGUACACCAUGGCGGAGCUGGAACUACCGCCGCUGGUAUCAGAGCUGGAAAGCCUACCAUUGUUGUACCGUUUUUUGGAGACCAGCCAUUUUGGGGAGCCAUGGUUGCAAGGGCGAAAGCUGGGCCCGAACCAAUUCGCCACAAAGACCUGACUGCAGAAAAAUUGGCCGAAGCCAUCAAAUUCUGUUUCGAGGCCGAUACCCAAGAGAGAGCGAAAGAGCUGGGACACAAAAUUCGAGAGGAAGCAGGAACAGAUCUUGGUGUAAAGAGCUUCCAUAAGCACUUGGAUAUCAAUUCUCUGCGAUGCUCGAUAGCACCCAGCCGGACUGCGGCUUGGCGAGUCAGAAGGACCAAGGUGCGCUUGUCGCCACUCGCAGCGUCAGUUCUGGUAGAUGCAGACCUUCUCGAGUACAAAGAUUUGAAGCUAUACCGACCUGUCGAGUACAAUACAGAAGAUCAGCCACCUGACCCCGUUUCCGCUGGUGCUGCUUCGCUUAUCGGCGACCUGAGCGGCAUUGGAAUGGCCAUCGCAGAUGUGCCUCGGGAGCUGUUUAAGUCUCGACGCCCCAAAGAUGGCCAAGGCUCAGACACAUUAACCAUGCUAGGCUCGUCUAGCAAACUCACACUAGCUACAACCGCCGCGAUAUCCCAGAACGAGUCUAAUACGGACUUGUCCAGUACUGCCUCUCGCGAAAGAGAAGGCCGAGAAAUAUCGGGAGUUCCAGCUUCUAAUUUCAGUAGAUCGCUUACCGAACUUUCGUCCGCCUCAGAAUCAGUCUUGGAACCGAUGUCUGUGGCUAGAUCUGGAGGGGAUGCUGAAAGUGCAAGCUCUGGAACACCUUGUAGGACCAGAUCUAGGACACGAGCAUCUAGUGAUCAGCCAAGACAAACAUUCUGCCGUCGAGAUUCGUCGCCUCUGGGGAUGAGUUUGGAUGCCACUGUUGGGGCCGGACGAAGUGUUGGUCGUGCGGUAUCCACAGGAGUGAAAAGCCCGAUGAACUUCUGUUUGGGAUUGGCUAAGGGAUUUAGGAAUAUCCCAAGGCUCUAUAACGAUGAUACUGUUCGACCCAUAGAGAAAGUUACCGAUCUUAAUAGUGGUAUCAAAAUUGCUGGCAAGGAGCUUGGGUAUGGCUUCUUCGAUGGCAUCGCAGGCUUGGUAACGCAUCCGAUUCGCGGUGCUGAAAAAGAAGGACCCGGUGGAUUCGUCAAGGGCAUUGGGAAGGGCAUUGGGGGUCUCAUUGCUAAGCCGGCUGCUGGAAUAUGGGGUGUUCCAGCCUAUAUGAUGCAGGGCGUCCAUGCGGAGGUUAACAAAAUGUUCACGAAGAGCGUUCAGAACUACAUCAUCACCUCCAGGAUUGUUCAAGGGGCGCAAGAUUUGACCAGAGCAAGCGAGGAGGAGAAGUCUGACAUUCUUAUUCGGUGGAAUAAUACGAAAUGGGACCUGAAAAACUUCUACAUGUUGAAGCGAAAGGAAAAGUCAUCCGAGAAGGCACCAGCAGGAUCAGAACAGUCCACGCGGUCAGACUCACCAUUCUCUCGACCUAAAACAAGCUGGUUUCACACUCUUGGCAUGUCACCAGAAGAAAGAAAGAGGCUGCAGGCGCAAAAACGAGGCUUCGUCGACGCGCCUGUGCCUACGUCAAGCAGCACUUCUAGUCCACGGCCGAGCUUCUCAGACGACGUUGAGUUUGAACAAGCAAUCCAAACUUCUGUUCGCGCAACAUCUAGAGGCAAUGCUGAAGAAGACGCGAUGAUUGAGACGGCUGUUCGGGAAAGCAUCAGAGCGAUGCGUGCACGAGGAGCACUGCCGGAGACGUUACCGGAGGCUUCUGAAGAAGUUCCUGAGAAGGACCUCAGCAUAUUCGAAGACGAGGGGUACCAGAUCACCGACGAGGAGUAUCAGUCGCUCAUAGAACAAGCCCUUCAACAGAGUCUGGCAAGUCAUAUGGAGGAUUUGUUGCACCCUCAAGAAGCUGGCUUGUCAGAGGUGGGCGCUUUCGCUAGAGAGAUACACGGCGUGCCGGGUGACGGCACUGCACACGCAGACGAACAUGAUACCGAUCUUCAACGAGCUAUAGAAGAGUCAAAGAAUAUGCCGAGUCCUCCAUCGUUUGAUGACGAGGAACAGCUGCAGCGAGCUAUUGAAGCAUCGAAACAGGACAUGGAUCGCGAGCACAAUCAACGAACUGAGGAGGACAUAGUCUUGGAAUAUGUCAAGAAGCAAAGCCUGGCCGAGACAGAGUUACGUAGUCAGCGGAGCAAAGGGAAGGGGAAAGCGGCAGCAGCAGAGGCCGACAGUGAAGAUGAUGAGGAAUUGAAGCGAGCCUUGGAAGAGAGCUUGAAAUGGCACAGAGGAGAUUACGCUGCUCCUUCAGGGUCCGGGUGCGGGUCAGGAUCAAGGUCAGGAUCUAAAACCCGCGACGGAGCGGUGGACGGCAAGUAA